GCAUGUGCACUCAUCGCUGCUAAUGGGACGGAAUGUGCUUUCUUUACCUCUCUAUUGCACCCGUUGAAUGAAAAUCCCUGCGUCUGACCGAGUCGUGCUCAAGCGCUGGGCUUGGAUUUGUCUCGAUGGAGUCUCCUUUGCGGUCUCUGUGGCUGCUGCGGCUUGCAACUCUGUUGCUGUUUGUUUUGUGCUGCUGGGGAAAUGACACGGAAAGGGGGCAUACAAACUGGAAGAAAUUCCUGGUGCAGAUUGGCAGAGCAGUGGAGAACUACAAGCCAUGUAUCAAAGAAAACUGCAGCUGUCAUCAAGGAGUUAGGGAACAAGACUUGACUCCCUUUCGAGAGGGGAUCUCCAAGGAGUUGCUGUCAGAUACCAUCAGUCGAAAGCUUGGGACGCACUACCAGAUCAUCGGGAAGAAGCUGUACCGUGAGCAUGAUUGCAUGUUCCCUGCAAGGUGUGGUGGAGUUGAGCACUUCAUCUUGGAGAUCAUUGACCGUCUUCCAGAUAUGGAAUUUGUGGUCAAUGUGCGGGACUACCCCCAGGUGCCCAAGUGGAUGAAACCUGUUAUUCCUGUCUUCUCCUUCAGCAAGACUUCAGAAUACUAUGAUAUUAUGUAUCCUGCCUGGACGUUUUGGGAAGGAGGACCAGCUGUCUGGCCCAUUUACCCAACCGGCCUAGGACGUUGGGACAUAAUGAGAGAGGACCUCCAAAGCUCAGCAGAAAAAUGGCCAUGGAAGAAGAAGAUUCCCAUAGCCUUCUUCAGAGGAUCAAGGACCAGCCCAGAGCGGGACCCUCUCAUUCUUCUUUCUCGAGAAAAUCCAGAUCUUGUUGAUGCAGAAUACACUAAAAACCAAGCCUGGAAAUCUGAAAGAGACACCCUUGGAAGGCCACCUGCUAAGGAAAUUCCUCUAGUGGACCAUUGUAAGUACAAAUACCUCUUUAACUUCCGAGGUGUAGCAGCCAGUUUUCGAUUCAAGCACCUCUUCCUGUGCGGCUCGCUGGUUUUUCAUGUGGGAGAAGACUGGCAGGAGUUCUUCUAUCCACAGCUGAAACCUUGGGUCCACUACAUCCCAGUUAAACCUGAUCUAUCUGAUGUGAGGGAGCUAUUACAGUUUGUGAAAGAAAAUGAUGACAUAGCCCAAGAAAUUGCAAAGAGGGGUCGCCAGUUUAUUGUGAACCAUUUGCAGAUGGAAGAUAUAUCUUGCUAUUGGGAAAGACUUCUAAUUGAAUAUUCUAAAGCCCUGACUUACGAAGUGAAAUGGAAAAGUAACUAUAGUGUGAUUUCCCCCAGACCACUGAAAACAGAACUGUAAAAGCCACUGUUCCAUUUUCACCUCAAGACUAAGACUUGUAGACAGUCUUACGAAAAGGUAACUGUGCUAGUCUGUUGUAGCAAAGUUAAACAGAAAUCAGUUGAGAAACUUGGUUACUUUUAUGGUUGUCACUUGGUUUUGGUUUUACAUGUGGGCUGUGAGAAAGUUAGAGAACUCCAUGGUUUUGUUGAACUGGAGUUUCAUGAUGCCAAAUCUAUUUUUUUACAUGUAUUAUUAUUACAUUCUGUAUUGGUCAAAUCCAGAAUUUUAUUUUUUUCAAUAGUUUUGGUAAAAUUUUUAAAAGGAUGUGUAUGGAGCUCAAGUUCCACUCAAUUUCAGUACUGCUAUGCUUCAUAAACCCUGUUCAUGUUACAGUGAACAAACGGGACCAGUGGAAUUACAUGACCAGCCAGUGGUGCAUAUGUUGAAUGUAACAGGAGAAUUGCGUAACAUAAACUUAAAGAAAAAUUGAAGGUACACUAUACAGAUUGUAUAUGUAUUCACUAUACAUUGUAAACUGGGCUACAGUCUUUCUGAAAAGGUAAUGUGUUUUUUCUGAUUUGAUUGACUCACUACUUCACUCCACAUUAGUCCCAUUCAGUGGCUAGUACUAGCUAAAUGGUUAGUGAGUACCACCCUGGCAUGUGAUAGUAUAACCAUUUAGUCCUACAUUUCUAACAAGUUAUUUUGAGACGUAUAAUACACUCAAUAUUUGACUAGCCAAAAGAAGAACAUUGAGACACAUCCCCUACAAACAAGCCACUUGGAAUAAGAAGGGCUUAUGAAAUGCAUAAGUAUAAGAAUAUUAUGACACACACACACACACCAUUUCACAAUUUCACAACACAUUUCACAAGGAUUAUACCCUUUGCUGUUUAAAAAAAAUUACAGGCCAACUGUAAGCCCCAGUUAAAGAUUUUACAGCCUAGGAAAAGUAUACAAAGAUGAAUGCUUCUUGACUUCUACUGCUGGAUCAUCAUGAAGCUUAGGAUUCAGCAGCUCUGCUGUCUCCCGUAUGUCAGAUUGGACAGAGGGGGACAGAUGAAUGUUCACUGAAUACUUCGGAAAUGUGAGGCAUGGACUGGAACGUUGAAAUGUUGUUUCCUGGUGUGGCUGGCCACAAAAUUACUGAGCAUCAAAUAAAAACUAGAGGUCAAAAUGUAA